AUGUCCUUGGAUCGCGCUACGCUAGAAUACAUCGCAGCUCCUAUGGUCAAUCAGUCGGAUCUACCUUUUCGUAUACUGGUCCGUCGAUACGGUGCUACGCUCGUGUACACUCAGAUGCUUUCGCCCCAACGGCUGCUCGAAGACCGGGACUACCUCGAUUUUCAUCUGCGCGAACUAGGAGAUGAAAAUGAUAGACCCGUCGUUGUACAACUCUGUGGAAACAACCCGGAUACUCUUAUCAGGGGCGCCAGGAAACUCGUUCACCGGUGUGAUGGGAUAGAUUUGAAUUUUGGAUGUCCACAAGAGCAUGCUCAGGAGGGCCAUUAUGGGGGAUACCUCCUCGGACAACGCGAUUGGCCCCUGGUCCAGAACCUGAUAUCCUCUAUGUCGGCUUCCCUCUCUGUUCCGGUCUCGGCCAAGAUCCGUCUUACCCCCGAUCCAUCGUUGACCCCAGUGUUAGCGGAACGUUUGGCAACAUCGGGUGCCUCCUGGAUCACACUGCACGCGCGUACUGUGUCGGCUCGGCGCCGCCGACAUGGCGCAGCAGACCUCUCGUGGGUGAAGGCAGUGAGGGAAGCCGUCGACCCUCGUGUGCCGGUGAUCAGCAACGGGAACGUCCGGACAUUCGAGGACAUGGGCAGGAACAAGGCGGAGACCGGCGCGGACGGCCUGAUGGUCGGGGAGACAUUGUUAGGGAAUCCAUGUUUGUUCGCAAACGUCGUCCCAGACCCAGUACGAAUAUCGUUGGAGUAUCUUGCCAUAUGUCGAGAACAUCCAGACACCGUCACAAUCCAGAUUGCCCAGAUGCAUGUCAGACAUUUCGUCGAAUUUCAGUGGUAUGUCUCCUCCAACAUGCUGCUCAAUGUGAUAUAG